GGAUACGCGGGCUCUAGUCCCGCCUUCCACCGGAAGUCCGAUGUGACGGACGUCCCGCGCGUCCUACGGUACCCGGCGGUGGGCGGGGCCGGCGCGCGCGGGGGACGCAGGGAAACGCGGCCAACGCGGGCCAGGAAAACCGGAACCGCGAACGCCUGAUCCCGCCCCCCCCCGACCGGAAGUCGUGCUCGGAACCGGUCCGGGCGCCGCGCCGCGUUCCCGGCAGCCUCUGCGGACGCGGCGGGGGUCACCCCGGGUCACGGCGGGGUCCCGGGGACGCGGGGGAACCGGAACCGCGAGCGGCGGGUCCCGCCCGUGACCGGAAGUCGGGCCUGACGGACGUCCCGCGCGUCCUCGGGCGCCGCCGCGGGGGGUUGUGGGAGUCCGCGGACCGCGACCGCGGGGGUUCCCGGUGCUGCCGGAAGCGGCGCCCUGGCGGUUCACGGCCGCUGCCUCCGCUGGGAUUCGAACUCGGCGGCGGCGACCGCGGUCCCGGCCCUGACCCCGCGCUGACCCCGCGCUGACCCCCGGAUGUCGCUGACGUCACCCGCCCUGCGCCUGCGCGGCCGCCGCGUCGUCCUGGCGAGCGCCUCCCCGCGGAGGAAGGAGAUCCUGGGGCGCGCGGGCGUGGCCUUCGAGGUGAUCCCGCCCCGCUUCCCCGAGACGUUGAGCAAGGCCGCGUGGCCCCGCCCCCAGGACUACGCGCGCGAGACGGCGACGGGGAAGGCGCGGGAGGUGGCGGCGCGUGUGGCGCAGGAGGACCCGGAGACCGCGACCGUCGUCAUCGGGGCGGACACCGUGGUGGCCGUGGAUGGGCGGAUCCUGGAGAAGCCGAGGGACCGCGAGGACGCCCUGGGGAUGCUGCGCAGCCUGAGCGGGAAGCAGCACAGCGUCAUCACCGGCGUCGCCAUCGUCACCUGGGGCGGCCUCGGAGGCCCCGCCCAGGAAGUGCGCGCCUUCCACGAGGAGACGCGCGUGACGUUCUCGCCGCUGUCGGAGGAGCUGAUCCGCGAGUACGCGGACGGCGGCGAGGGCUGGGACAAGGCCGGGGCCUACGCCAUCCAGGGGCGCGGCGCGAUGCUGGUGCAGGGCGUGGCCGGCGACGCCCUCAACGCCGCGGGCUUCCCGCUCAACCGCUUCUGCCGCGAGCUCGCGCGGGCGCUGCCGGUCCCCGCAGGAAGUGAGGAAGUGACGUCAUCCACCACGGGAGUCGACAGCGCUGACAGGAAGUGACGUCAUGGACGACGGGAAGCGCCGCCGGGAACAGGAAGUGACGUCAUCGACCCCCCCCAGUCUCUCUGUUGAACUCUGACCUCCCGGCCUCCGUGACCCCUGUGUGACCCCCGACCCCGCGGGAGCGGGCGGGGCAAAUAAAGGCCUCUGACCUCUGA